AUGAAUUCGAAGUUAUUUGAGAAAUAUUGUACCACUAAGGAUCAUAAAUAUGUUUAUGGAACUGCAGGAUUUCGUGACAAUGCUUCAAUUCUGAAUACUGUCAUGUUUACAACUGGUAUUGUUGCUUGUCUGAGGUCUAUCUCAUUAGGUGGUAAAGCAGUUGGUGUUAUGAUCACUGCGUCUCAUAAUCCUCCAGAAGAUAAUGGUGUCAAAAUUGUCGAACCUAAUGGUGCGAUGCUAGAUCAAUCUUGGGAACCAAUGGCUACUGAAUUGGCAAAUAUUGCAGCAAAUUCUACUUUUGACGAUUUGAAGGCAUACGUCGAAGAAAAGGUUAAAAAAUUCAGUCCUGAAUCAGGAUCAAAAGUUCAACCAGUUGUUGUUGUUGGCCGUGAUUCAAGAGAAUCUGGUUCUUAUUUAUUAGAAUGUUUAUUAGCAAGCGCAGAGAAUUAUAUGAAUGCAAAAAUAAUUAAUUAUGGAUUGUUGACCACCCCUCAAUUACAUUUCUUAACUAAUGAGAUAAAUGUUAAGAAAUCUUAUGCUGUACAAGAGUCAAGUUAUUAUAACUACUUUAUUGAAUCUUGGAAUAAAAUAACAGCUUUGCAUAAUAUUACCGAUUUGUAUUGUUCAAGUUUAACCAUUGAUACUGCGAAUGGUAUCGGUGGCCCUAAAAUUCAAGAAUUGUUGAAAUCAUGGCCAUUUGCUAGUAAAGUUACAUUGGUAAAUAAUGAAUGGGAAAAGCCUGAUUUAUUAAAUAAGAAUUGUGGUGCUGAUUUUGUGAAAACUAAUCAAAAGCUACCAAAUGGUGUCUCAGGAAAUUCUACUGAAAAUGAUUUAUAUUGUUCUUACGAUGGUGACGCCGAUAGAAUCGUUUUUUAUUUUCAAGAUCAAGACAAACAAUUCCAUUUGUUAGAUGGGGAUAAAAUAUCUACAUUAUUUGCCAAAUUAAUUGCCAAAUUAUUAAACGAUGCUAAUCUAAAUUCAAAAAUAUCCUUGGGUGUUGUGCAAACUGCAUAUGCUAAUGGAAGUUCGACGAAUUAUUUACAAGGUACAUUAAAUGUUCCUGUUAGUUGCGCAAAAACAGGUGUUAAACAUUUGCACCAUGAAGCUGUAACAAAUUAUGAUAUUGGAGUUUAUUUUGAAGCUAACGGUCAUGGUACAAUAAUAUUUUCAGACCAUUUCUACCAAGUAUGUGAGAAAGAAUUGAAAGCUAAUUCAGAAUCAAUUGCGGUAAACACAUUGGUCGCAUUAUCUCAUUUAAUCAAUCAAACUGUUGGUGAUGCUAUUUCUGAUAUGUUAGGUGUUUUAUCUGUAUUAUCAAUAAUGAAACUUUCGUCCCAGCAAUGGGAUAAUGAAUAUACAGACUUACCAAAUCUAUUAACUAAGGUCAUUGUUCCAGAUAGAUCAGUUUUUAUCACAACUGACCAAGAAAGGAAGCUUUUAUCUCCAGAAGGACUACAAUCUAAAAUUGAUAAAGCAAUUUCAGAAUUUAGUAAUGGUAGAUCUUUUGUAAGAGCCAGUGGUACUGAAGAUGCUGUAAGAGUGUAUGCAGAAGCUUCUUCUCAAGAAGAGGCCAAGGAAUUGAAUGCCCUUGUAACCAAAUUGGUUAAAGAAAGCGUCUAA